CUCCACGCACCCCACUCCGACCCACAAGCCACAACCCUCUUCUCUCUAUUUUCAUCUUUCCCUUUCGUGUAUUUAAAAUUCCAAUAGCAAAGUGGCAAGAGCUGGAAGUUUCUCUACUAUUCUUUACCACCUUGAUCAUUCUGUUUACUUGACGCCUAAAAUCAUAGCAUCAUUCUCAAAGUUGUUGCUUAUAAUCAAAUAUCGUACACAAACUAUUUUAUAGUAAUGGCUAUGGAAACUGUAGAAGCAACAACUCCAGAACUUUCUCUUGCUGACACUGACAUCAACUGGGAUCGGUUGGAUAAGACAAGGUUCCAUGUAAUUGGGGCUAUUUUAUUCACUGUUCAGUCUGCUUUAAUACAUCCAACAGCAGUCGUGAAGACGAGGAUGCAAGUAGCUGGUUCUGGGCUUUCUCAAAUGACUGGAUUAUCAGUUUUCAGUCGCAUUGUCAGGACUGAUGGCAUUCCUGGUAUUUUUAGAGGCUUUGGCACAUCUGCCAUUGGAUCAUUGCCUGGUCGAGUCCUGGCUUUGACUUCACUUGAAGUGUCAAAGGAUAUGACGCUCAAAUAUACGGAAAACAUGAAUAUGCCGGAGGCAACUCGUGUCGGCAUUGCAAAUGGUGUUGCAGGAAUGAUCUCCAAUUUAGUUUCCUGCUUAUACUUUGUGCCUUUGGACGUGAUCUGCCAAAGGUUAAUGGUUCAAGGGCUUCCAGGGAGUACGCCUUGCAGUGGCCCAUUUGAUGUUGUACGCAAAGUACUAGCAGCUGAGGGGUUCCGUGGCAUGUAUAGAGGUUUUGGAUUAACAGCCAUUACCCAAUCCCCUGCUUCAGCACUUUGGUGGGGUGCCUAUGGUGCUGCCCAACACAUCAUUUGGAGGAGCGUGGGCUACAAAGAUGAUUCAGAAAAGAAACCAUCUCAUGUAGAAAUGAUCACUGUUCAAGCUACAGCAGGAAUGACUGCUGGUGCUUGUUCUUCAAUUAUUACUACUCCCAUAGAUACCGUAAAGACGAGAUUACAGGUUAUUGAUGAUUAUGGUGUUGGAAGACCUUCUGUAAUGAAGACUGCAAAGACACUUCUUAAAGAAGAUGGAUGGAGAGGCUUCUACAGAGGAUUUGGACCCCGGUUUCUAAAUAUGUCACUCUAUGGGACUACAAUGAUUGUUACUUAUGAAUUGAUAAAGAGAUUGUCUGUGAAGCAAGCUUGAUGAGCAAGGAGGCUGUAACUCUACAAUUUUGUGAAUCAGAGGCAACGCGUGCAAAUCAAUCAUCACUAUACUUCUGUGGAGUAGAGCCGUAGAUGAGAUAGAAGGUGCUGCCCAUAACUAGAACAUAAUGGGUUUGGAGAAUUAUUUUUUCAUUUUCUAUUUUAAAAUUAAUUCCCUUCUCAGUUGAUUAGAUGAGAAUGUGUUUUGUCCUAGAGUUCAAUAUGACCUUAUGCUAAUAGGCUGCCAUUGAGUUUAACACCAAAGUGCAUAUAGUGUUCCAUUCUGAAUUCGAGC